UCCAAAGCACAUGACUGUCAUUUAGGUCAUGUGACUAGGAUGUUGCUGAGACUGUAAACAUGGCGGCGCACUUGUCCUGUGGACGAGUAAAUCUAAACAUUUUAAGAGAAGCAGCGCGUAAAGAACUUCGAGAAUUUUUGGACAAAUGUGCGGGAAGCAAGGCUAUUGUAUGGGACGAGUACUUGACGGGGCCUUUUGGAUUGAUUGCCCAGUAUUCCCUACUGAAGGAACAUGAGGUGGAGAAGAUGUUCACCCUUAAGAGUGGGAGGCUCCCGCCAGCUGAUGUCAAAAACAUUAUCUUUUUUGUGCGGCCAAGACUGGAAUUAAUGGACAUUAUUGCAGAGAAUGUCUUAAGUGAGGACAAAAUGCAGCCUCCUCGUGAGUUCAACAUUCUGUUUGUGCCGCGUCGGAGCAUGCUCUGUGAACAGCGGCUGAAAGAGCAAGGGGUCCUGGGAGCUUUCACCAACAUUGACGAGUACAUCCUGGAUCUCAUCCCAUACGACAGCGACCUCCUCUCCAUGGAGUCCGAGAGUGCUUUUAGGGAAUGUUACUUGGAGAAUGACCAGACCAGCUUGUACCACACAGCCAAAGGCCUUAUGACCCUGCAGGCCCUCUAUGGGACCAUCCCUCAGAUCUUUGGCAAAGGAGAAUGUGCCCGGCACGUGGCCAACAUGAUGCUGCGGAUGAAGCGGGAGUUUGCGGGCAGCCAGACUCAGAUCCUGCCCGUGUUCGACACUCUGCUUCUGCUGGACCGCAACGUGGACUUGCUCACGCCGCUUGCCACCCAGCUCACCUACGAGGGCCUCAUCGAUGAGAUCUACGGCAUCACCAAUGGCUAUGUGAAGCUUCCCCCGGAAAAGUUUGCCCAAAAGAAGCAGGGUGAGGGGGCCAAGGACCUGCCCACCGAGCCCAAGAAGAUGCCGCUCAACUCGGCCGAGGAGCUCUACGCCGAGAUCCGGGACAAGAACUUCAACGCCGUGGGGGCAGCGCUGAGCAAGAAGGCCAAAAUCAUCUCGGCUGCAUUCGAGGGACGGCACAGUGCUAAGACUGUGGGCGAGAUCAAGCAGUUUGUGUCCAUGCUGCCCCACAUGCAGGCAGACCGCACCUCACUGGCCAAUCACACGUCCAUCGCUGAGCUCAUCAAGGAUAUCACCACAUCUGAAGCAUUUUUUGACAAUUUAACAGUGGAGCAGGAGUUCAUGACUGGCGUAGACACUGAUAAGGUCAAUACAUACAUUGAGGACUGCAUUGCCCAGAAGGACCCUCUCCUCAAGAUCCUGAGGCUGGUCUGCAUGCAGUCAGUCUGCAACAAUGGCCUCAAGCAGAAGGUGCUGGACUUCUACAAGAGGGAAAUCCUGCAGAGUUAUGGCUAUGAGCACCUCUUGACACUAAACAACUUGGAGAAGGUUGGCCUGCUGAAACCACAGACCAACACCAGGAACAACUACCCCACCAUCCGCAAGACCCUCAAACUCUGGAUGGAGGAUGCCAAUGAACAGAAUCCCAACGACAUCUCGUACGUGUACAGCGGCUACGCUCCCCUGAGCGUCCGCCUGACGCAGGUCUUGCGGCCAGGCUGGAGGAGCAUCGAGGAGGUGCUGAAAAUGCUCCCGGGGCCGCACUUCGAGGAGAGACAGCAGCUGCCCCCGGGCCUGCACAAAAAACGUCAGCAGGGUGAGACGACCACGCUGGUGUUCUUCCUGGGGGGAGUGACCUAUGCCGAGAUUGCCGCCCUGCGUUUCCUCUCUCAUAUGGAGGACAGCGGAAUGGAGUACAUCAUCGCCACCACCAAGCUCAUCAACGGAACCAGCUGGAUCAAGUCCCUCAUGGACCGACCCGAUCAGCAGGUCUGACGGGGACCAAAAGGACAAAAAAGGAAAUAAAAAUAUAAAAAGAUAAAUGAAGAUGAUGAGAAGGUGCAAAGGACGGUGAUGGAUUGCUCCAGCUUGACUCUUUGUGCCUGUCGGUGCAAGUAAAUGGAACUGUUUGGAAAAAGAGAUGUGGAUUCAUGUGAGAUUAUAUUACCUAAUAUGACACUGUCUUUGUUUUUUUUUUUUUUUUUUUUAUGUACGUAUGCUUAUGUAAUGUGUGCAUGUGAGUGAGAGAGAGAAGUUUAUGAGAGCUAGGCUACUAUGAAUAUUUAACAUCUGCCUUUAACCAUUCUGAAUUGUUCACCUGUGAGUUAAUUGACUAAUAACAACUAUAAAAAAAAGAA